UUUAGGGUGACAGGAUUGGGAGCAGGCGGAAAGAAAUGUGUUUGGGCUUGGGGCUCAACUGGCGAAGAAAAGUGGAAUCCAGAUUUGGAAAUUGGCGUUGACUGGAAGUCACUCAUACGUACAGCCCUUCUCCCACUGACUACUGACUUUUUUCCGGAUGCACGAAGCAUUAAAGAAGACUAUUUUGUUCAGGCCCAUCAGUUCCCGGUAUAUCUGGAUGCCAUGCGUGAAUGGCUGGGUGAUCCGAAAUGCGAUGACUUGGAACGACUUCGAAAUCUUCUCUUCGAUCAACUCAUUUGUCAGCGUCUGCAGCGAGGAUUCCAGAUUGUGCUGUUGAAUAAAAGAAUGAUACAUGCGGCUAUUGGAAUCAGUGUAAGCCACUAA